UGUUCUCCUCUUCACCUGCCUCUACAUACUGUCCUACCUCAUCCUCACCCAUUUCAAGAAGAAUGCAGACUAUAUCACCACUGAUGACAUUGAAGAUGCGACCGUCAACAAAAUUGCGCUGUGGCUGUGUACAUUCACCCUCUCUGUGGCUGUGUACAUUCACCCUCUCUGUGGCUGUGUACAUUCACCCAGGCUGUGGCUGUGUACAUUCACCCAGGCUGUGGCUGUGUACAUUCACCCAGGCUGUGGCUGUGUACAUUCACCCAGGCUGUGGCUGUGUACAUUCACCCAGGCUGUGGCUGUGUACAUUCACCCAGGCUGUGGCUGUGUACAUUCACCCUCUCUGUGGCUGUGUACAUUCACCCUCUCUGUGGCUGUGUACAUUCACCCUCUCUGUGGCUGUGUACAUUCACCCAGGCUGUGGCUGUGUACAUUCACCCUCUCUGUGGCUGUGUACAUUCACCCAGGCUGUGGCUGUGUACAUUCACCCUCUAUGUGGCUGUGUACAUUCACCCAGGCUGUGGCUGUGUACAUUCACCCAGGCUGUGGCUGUGUACAUUCACCCUCUCUGUGGCUGUGUACAUUCACCCUCUCUGUGGCGGUGUACAUUCACCCAGGCUGUGGCUGUGUACAUUCACCCUCUCUGUGGCUGUGUACAUUCACCCUCUCUGUGGCUGUGUACAUUCACCCAGGCUGUGGCUGUGUACAUUCACCCUCUCUGUGGCGGUGUGUGCUGUGCUGCUCCUCCCCAUCUCCAUCCUGUCCAAUGAGGUGCUGCUCACCUUCCCUCACAGCUACUACAUGCAGUGGCUCAAUGGAUCACUCAUCCACGGCUUAUGGAACCUAGUGUUCCUGUUCUCCAACCUGUCCCUGGUCUUCCUCAUGCCCUUCGCCUACUUCUUCACUGAGUCGGAGGGCUUCGUGGGCUGUAAGAAGGGGGUGAUGGCGCGGGUGUAUGAGACGGCGGUGGUGUUGCUGCUGCUCACUCUGCUGGUGCUGGGCAUGGUGUGGGUGGGUGUUGCCCUGCUGAACAACACGGCCAGGGAGAGCCUCUACGACGUGUGGGAGUGUUACCUGCCCUACCUCUACUCUGCCAUCUCUCUGUUUGGAGUGCUCCUGCUCCUGUUGUGCACUCCCUUCGGGCUGUCCCGCAUGUUCAGUGUCACUGGGAGCCUACUGGUCAAACCAGGGCUGUUGGAGAAUGUGGAGGUGGAGAUGAACUGUGCUGCAUUCGAGGAGGCUUCUCUCUCCAGGAAACUCAACAGAGGUAGCACGUCAUGCAGAAUCAGUGUAAACGUGGAGCCUUUGAGGAUGCAGUUCCUCGGCAUCCAGGCCAAACGCAUCGCCCUCCAGAUGCGGAGGAGAGCAUCACCAUGGCAGCGGAACCUGUUCUACCCUCUGGCCAUGCUCUUGCUCCUAGCUCUAACGGUGGUGUGUGUGUUGAUGGUAUGUUUCCACGUUCUGGAGCUCCUGUUUGACGAGACGGCCAUGCCCAGAGGAAUGGGGGACCCUCGUCUGGGGACAACUUCCUUCUCCAUGUUUGGUUCUCUGGGAGCAGCAGUGCAGGUGAUUCUCAUCAUGUACCUGAUGGUGUCGUCUGUGGUGGGCUUCUACAGUUCUCCUCUCUUCGCCUUCCUGCUGCCCCACACUCAGGACACCAACCUCACACAGAUCAUUGGGAACUGUGUCUCUCUUCUGGUCCUCAGCUCAGCACUGCCAGUCUUCUCUCGUACUCUGGGCAUCACACGGUUUGACCUGCUGGGAGACUUUGGGAGGUAUAACUGGCUGGGGAACUUCCACAUAGUGUUCCUGUACAACAUUUUGUUCGCUGGCCUCACCUCUGCUUGCCUCAUCAACACUCUCACCUGGACUGUGCAGAGAGAACUCAUACGUGCCUUUGGUCUCCACAACCUGCCUCUGACUGUGUCCCGCACCACCAUCCCCCUCAAGCUCCUCCUGGACAAUGGCCUGUCAAAGAUCCAGUGACUGACAUUCCCUUGACCAAUCAAUUGUCAUCUCUAACACCCGACCGGGACCUAAGUCUCCUGAAGAGCAUUCCCAUUGGAACAAAAGGCACCUUGUCUUCAGUCCUCCAGCCUAUCGGUGUCUGGAUCACCAGAAUGAAAAGACAGAAGUGGAGGAGUAGAAGUGCAGUUUGGCCAAUGGUGCAGUAGAGCGCUGCUCACUGACUAAUCACCAAUUAAUACAAGUUGACCUGGGGAAUCAAUUUAAAUCGUCUCAGACUACAAUACUGGGGUUAUAUUGGAAUCAUUGUGCACAGUAAUCUGAGCCAAAAACGAGAUGUUCUGGAACCAAUAAAAGAUUCUGGAACUGAAAAAGGGCUCUAAUCUGUAUCAGGGUUCUUGUUGACAUUGUGACAUCAUACAGAGCAUCCUGGAUGUCCUAAUGCCUUGUGAGAAACUCUGUGGGUUUGAGAGGUUGAGCUGGGACUGACUUACUUUACUCUUUGGACACACGUGUCAAAGCUAUUUUGGAACAUUACAUUGUGACUGACUGACAUUUCCUUUUCCUGCUCUGGGGUUCAGCGUUUGAAUAGUCUCUCGCUCGCUGCCGCCUCCCCCCUCAUGUUAAACCACUCUUUUUGGGCCUCACUCAUCCUGUGAAUCCCACUUCCAUGUUUUUUAAGACGUCUGUCUGUAAUGGUGUUGUGUUUGUUAAUGAGAGGAGGAUGUUUUAAAAUGAGGUUUGAGGGAUCACUCACUCUAUUCUACAUAUCUUCAUAUCGUGGAGGAAGAGAACGGGACAGGAAAGGGUUGUGUUCAUUAGGUUACAUUUGAAAACUUUUUGCAACAGAAAAAAGUUUGCGUUUCGGUCUUUUUCUUUUCUUCCAUGUGGUGCCUAAUGAACACGACCCAUGACUUGUUUUUAAACUCAUCACUUGGAAUUAGUGAAUGAUACAUGAAAAAAUACCUUAACACAUAUAGAUGAUUUAAUUUUUUAAGGAGGUUGUGUCAUUGGUCGUAUAAUGGCAUUUCUGUUUACUUUUUCUCAUGGGUUUUUAACCCCCUAAAGGAGAGCUUCCUAAAUGCAAAGUGACGCUCACUAGUUUUGGGUAUCCUGCCUUGGACCAAUCUUACUGUGAAUGUUUUUAAUGUUUGUUAAUAUUAACCUAAGUGCAAUACUGGUUACUGUCCACUGCCAAUUCCAGAUGUUUUUUCUGUUCAAUUCAUAUUGGAAUAGUCUAAAUGAUCUGUGGCUUUGUUUUUAUUUGUGUCAUGGUUCUCCUUUGCUGUAUCAGCAUGUUAAGUUGUGGUAGUAUUCUUUAUUAUUAGCUGAUAGUCAGAGUUCUGUUCCGUUCAUCACCAGCAGGGGGCAGGGUCUCCAAAUUCACCAAACUCACCUGGCAGCCUGCUGAACGUUUACCUGAAGUUAUUUUAUCCUUGAUCAAUGGUCAGUCAUUAAAGUUGACUAAUUUCACUAGCCUGGUCCCAGAUCUGUUUGUGCCAUCUUGCCAACUCCUUUGCCACUCAUUGUCAUACUAAACAGCAUUAAGAUUCCAUAAGAAUUUGGCAAGUGAGCAGAAACAGAUCUGGCACCCAUCAAUUCAAUAUAUUCUUUGGGGAGCACAAUGUUUGAGUGGGCUGGUUACUUAGGGGUGAUAAUGUUAAAGUGCUACUCUUUUUAUUAGUUAAUCAAGGGCAUUUUUUACUGUGAGACUGCAGAACCUCUUUAAUCUGGGAGCUGAUGGACAUUUUAUUUUGUAUUGUUUAAAAACGCUAACGUAAUGAGAAUGUGACCGUAGGUGUUGCUUUCAGCAAUUAUAUAUAUUUUUUAUGUACUAGGGAGGAAAAAGGACAAAUGUAUUGCAUUUUCCUAUACAUAGUCUGUCAUCUGGAUUGGUAUGAAUAAUAAGACUGUUUAGAGUGCAGUUAGAUCUAGAGUACAUCUAUAAAUCAUCGGGUCUCAUUGUCCAGCCCAUCCCGGUUCCGGGCUGUGUGAUUGCGAGUGUCGGCCCAUCCUGUGCCAGUGUGUCUGUCUUCUGAGUGUCGUGUGCGUGUCUGUCCUCUGUCCCUCCACCCUUAGUCGCCUUGCUUUAAUCAGGUCCAGAACAAAGCUGUUGUAUUUUGUCCUGUUUGUCAUCAGAGGCCGUCCCUGACGCCGCUACAACCCAAGAGGAGACUCUCGAGCGCGCUCUCCUUCACCACCACCCACCUAAUCCUCUUUUUCCUCCACCAGUUUUCCUUGCAUAUUAUUCAUUUCCUCUUGGAAGGAAGAAAAAUAAAUCAUUGUUUCUCCUUGA